CCUGCAUUUUCAGUCACUGAAUCUGGUGUUAAAGGAUCGGUCAAAUCUGCUUGAGAACCAGUAGGUGGCACAAUUGCUCAGUACUUUUUUCAUGUCUUAUUGCCAGUACUUAAUUGCAGUGACUACUGAGUACUCAUUCAGUCUUGAAAAAUUUUAAUCUUAAACUUUCAAUAUACUUUUAUAAAGUAAAAACUAUUUGUAUGUGCAUUUUGACAGUUCAUAAAAUGCUUACUUUGUCUUUAAACAACAAGGUGAGAAAUAAAACAUACUAGUAAGGUCAAGUAGCAAACACUUUUAUCCAGAGCACCCUACAGCACAAUAAAGAGACAGUCGCUGCAUGUGAAGGAGGCUGGGAUUAUAUGCUUUGUUAAUGGGAAUGUUAGCGAUGAGUUAUCAGCCCUGAUCUUUAACCACUAGGUCACACCACCAAAAAUAUAUUUAAAUGAACAUAUUUACUAAGAAUUCCUCUUAGGAACUUCAUUGUGCUGUUGUGUCUGUGGAGGCUACUGCAUCUACUAUGGUUACGUUACCAUUUGCAUUGCAAAUGAACACAAUAAUAAUGGAUUCUCUAGUACAAUGUAUGUCAAAGAUCAUUUUUAAUUUGGAAUAUAUACAUUUAGAUAUAGAAUCUUGAAAGAAAUAUAUCAGUUUCCACAAACAUGAAGCAGCACAACUGUUUUCAUCACUGAUAAUAAUAAUAAAUGUUUCUUGAGCAGCAAAUCAGCAUAUUAGAGUGAUUUCUGAAGGAUCAUGUGACACUGAAGACUGGAGUAAUGAUGCUGACAAUUCAGCUUUGAACCACAGGAAUAAAUUACAUUUUUCGCCUAUGUAUCACAUGACCUUUCCAACAUGAUUACGUAAUGCGUGGCGCAUCGCAGAGCUAGUUCAAGACGAGCAUUUGUGGUUAAAAAGUAUAUAUUUAAGAAAAUGACCUAUCGUUUUAUUAGAUAAGACCCUUAUUCCUCGUCUGGGAUCGUGUAGAGUCCUUUGAAGCUGCCCUGAAACUGACAUUUGGACCUUCAACCCGUUGGUAGUUGUUGAAGUCCACUAUAUGGAGAAAAAUCCUGGAAUGUUUUCCUCAAAAACCUUAAUUUCUUUUCGACUGAAUAAAGAAAGACAAACAUCUUGGAUGACAUGGGGGUGAGUAAAUUAUCUGGAAAUUUUAAUUCUGAAGUGAACUAAUCCUUUAACAUGAACACAGUUUGCAGAAGCCAUAUAGAAGAGGAAUCAGUCGGUGUUGGUAGGUUGUCUUUAGUAUCCUAGCAACAAACACCAACAGGAAACACGAGACUCCGGUUGUAGAUGGACAUCUGAGUAAGUAUCAGGUGUUCGUAUGAGACACACGCACUCAGAUGAGUGUCUACAGAUCUGGCACUAGGACCCAGAAUCAUCCCUGUUCCUGCCUCCACUCCUCGAUCACUCACUCCUCUCCUCCCUACCUGAACUACUCACUCCAGGAUGGAGCAGAAGAGAUGUCGCAGCACACGAGGAACCAGGUCAGACACAUCCGAACAGAAGAUAGUCUUGCCUACUAAGUGUCAUUUUCUUUCUGUGCAUACAGUAUUGUUGUAGGAUUCGCCUUUUGCAAAUGGACAACACCAUCAGAAGACUGCAAAACACCUGAAUAAGUCAACAACUAUGUAAGGUAGCCGACAUAGAACCAAAUUUUAUAGGAUUCGAGCCACUGCUGGAAUUUAUCUGACUGUGUUCCCAAAGUAUCCCACCAUUGGAGCGAAUUCUACACGGGGACUGAACAAGAAGCCACUUUGAAGUGUUUCGAAUCAGUCAGCAGGUGUAAAGUUGUAGUUGCAGAAGUUCACUGAGCGAGACUCAGAUUAUCUGGACUGUAUAUGUGUACCUCUGUGUGUAACUCCGCAUACAGCCAUGGGAAAUGCAGCUGGAAGUCUAGAGAUGACACCCGGGCGGGAUGUCAAACGACCCCUCAGCACUUACGGGCACAAACAGCCACCGGCCCCUAAACUGCCCCCACCACCUGAGGAGGAAUUAGAGGAGAGGUUCAACAUUGUGUUGAAUUCCAUGAAUCUUCCACCUGAUAAAGUGAAGCUGCUCUGUCAGUAUGACAUUGAGAAGAAAUGGGAGUUAGUUUGUGACCAGGAGCGAUUUCAGGUGAAGAAUCCUCCAUCAGUGUACAUUCAGAAACUUAAGAGUGUAUUAGAGCAGGGAGGAGGCAGAAAGUUUAAAAGGCGAGUCCAAGAAUCCACACAAGUUUUGAGAGAGCUGGAGAUCUCGUUGCGCACCAAUCACAUUGGGUGGGCUGAGGAGUUUCUAAAUGAAGAAAACAAGGGUUUAGAAGUGCUAGUGGACUACCUCUCUUUUGCUCAACGCGCAGUCACAUAUGACAUGGACAGCUCUGAUAAUGGAAGCUUUGAGGAGAAAUCUAUGGAAGAUCUGACUACGAGUGCGUCAAACUCCCCCACCCACAAUUCCCCACGCUCAGGACGGUCCUUCACCACAAGGAAAGCUCUGCGAUACUCGCGUCUGCUCAGCCAGAAGAACCACCUGCAUCUCUGCAUCUUGUGCCUUCGCGCCAUCAUGAACUACCAGUUAGGGUUUAAUCAGGUGAUGGCUCAUCCCAGCUGUGUCAAUGAAAUCACUCUCAGUCUCAACAACAAGAGUGCCAGGACAAAAGCACUGGUUCUGGAGCUCCUUGCUGCUGUGUGUCUGGUUCGAGGAGGUCACGAAAUGAUUAUUGCAGCCUUUAAUAAUUUCAAAGAGGUGUCUGGAGAGAAAAACAGAUUCGAAAAACUAAUGGAAUAUUUCAGAAAUGAAGACAGCAACAUUGAUUUCAUGGUGGCUUGUAUGCAGUUUAUCAACAUUGUAGUGCACUCAGUGGAGGACAUGAACUUCAGAGUGUAUUUACAGUACGAGUUUACACAAUUGGGACUAGACAGCUAUCUAGAGAAAUUAAACGGCACUGAGAGUGAGAGGCUGCAGUUGCAGAUUCAAGCGUACCUGGAUAAUGUGUUUGAUGUUGGAGCGAUGCUAGAGGACGCAGAGGCCAAAAAUACAAUAAUGGAACAUCUAGAGGAGCUACAAGAACAAAACACACAGCUAAAUACUAGAAUGCAGCAGUGUGAGAGUGAAGCUGUGGAGAAGACGUCUGAACUCGAGAAACAACUUAUACAGAGUAUGAAAGAGGUUGAGCUUCUGAAGGGCAGUCUGAAGGAGGCACACGCUCAGGUCUCUCAGCUGCAGCAGAAGGAGAAAGAGAGAGAGACACGCAGUGAGAAAGAGCAGGAGCGAGAGAAAGACAGACAGCACUCUGAGCUGGAGAAGAUGCUUCAGGUUCUAGUGGAUCAAGGUCUGAUCCGCAUGGAGAGAUCCGAAUCCGGCUCUCUGGAUUUACACAUUAUACCAGCCGCUAACACAACAGAUAAGAGUACAACAGAAAUUAAGGCCUCACCUGUGAUGCAGUCUCCGCCCCCUGCUCCUGUCCCCGCCCCUCCACCACCACCUCCUCCUCCGCCCCCUACGAGCACAGCUCCGCCCCCUUCACCUUUACCUGGAAGGGCAGGAACAGUAAAGACAGGUGUAAAAGUUAAGAAGCCAAUCAAGACAAAGUAUCGUAUGCCACUGCUUAACUGGCACGCUCUAAUGGAGGAACAGGUGGCUGGCACCGUCUUCACAGAGCUGGAUGACGAAAGUGUGCUUGGGGAGUUGAACAUGGACGUCUUUGAGGAGUUGUUUAAAACUAAAGCUCAGUCUGCUCCUGUUGACGUCAGCACUCUGAAGGUGAAAGUGGCUCAUAAAGCAUCUAGUAAAAUCUCACUACUGGAGCCCAACAGGGCCAAAAACCUCGCCAUCACACUGCGCAAAGGAGGCAUGAGCACCGCUCAGAUCUGCACUGCGAUACAAUUGUAUAAUCUUGAUUUGCUAAACUCAGAUUUUCUGGAGCUCCUGGAGCGUUUUAUCCCAUCUGAUUAUGAGCUCAAGUUGAUUCAGAAUUACGAGCGUGAAGGACGCCCCCUGCUGGAGCUGUCAGAGGAGGACAGAUUCAUGGUGGCCUUCAGCAAAAUCCCACGUCUGUCACAGAGAAUCAGCACGCUAACAUUCAUGGGAAACUUCAGCGAUAGCAUCCUGCUAUUAAAACCUCAAUUAAAUGCCAUCAUCGCUUCUUCCGUGUCUAUCAAAUCUUCCAGCAAACUGAAGAAGAUUCUAGAGAUCAUUCUUGCAUUUGGGAAUUACAUGAACAGUGGGAAGAGAGGAUCAGCAUAUGGAUUUCGACUCCAAAGUCUGGAUUUGCUUCUGGACAUGAAAUCCACAGAUCGAAGACAGACACUCCUGCAUUUCAUCGUCAGCAUCAUACAAGAAAAAUACCCUCAACUGCACAACUUUCACACUGAACUACACUUUCUGGACAAAGCUGCGCUGGUCUCUCUGGACAGCAUCCUUGCAGAUGUGCAAUCUCUGGAGAAGGGAAUGGAAGUGGUCCGUAAGGAGUUCCAGCAACAGAACGACAGCACUGUCCUCAAAAACUUCAUGUCUAAUAAUGGCAGUCUGCUGGACACUGUGGUUAAAGACAGCAAAACUGCACAGGAGGUGUAUCACUCAGUGGUGGAGUAUUUCGGAGAGAAUCCCAAAUCCACACCCCCUUCUGUGUUCUUCCCUGUUUUCGCCAGGUUCAUUAAAGCAUAUAAGCUGGCCGAAGAGGAGAACAAACAGCGGAAGAAAUUCUCUGAGAAUGAGGACAGCGUAUAUUUAUCCAUCUCUGACCCUCACAUCAAAUCAGUGAGUAAUAAGAUGCCUGCGCUGCCACGCUUACCACAGGUGGACCUGAUCGCAGAGCUGAAGCGCAGGCAGAUGUCGCCGCUCGUGAGAGAGGGAAAAGACGGAGCCAUUGAGGACAUCAUCACAGAUUUGAGGAACCAGCCGUAUAUCAGAGCAGACGGAGGCAGACGAAGCGCCAAAUGGAAACCAGCUCAGCAGCUUCCCGUGUCGUCAGACAUCUCUCUGUGAAACACGCACCGCUCGAAGGUUUCCCAGAUGAACGGACACAACUAAUGAAGCCAAAAACAGUUUACAUAAAUAUUUAAACAGCUACAUUAAGCUCUCAAUUAAGUCAAACUAUUUAUUUUCAAUUUAGCAAACACUUUUAGGGUAAACUCAAGAAACCUGUCAAGAACAUGUGCUUUUAUAUUUCAUAUUUUGCCUAAAAUUAUUUAAUUAUUUGAAUAAUAUAAUUGAAAGAAUUUGACUUUUUCGGUUUUAUUAUGAUUUUGGGAUGAAAUAUGGCAUAUUCUUGACAGGUUUUGUAAGACUAACCCUUUAACAACUGGAUUUUCAGCUAAAUUUUACAUUUAGACACUUUAUGUUGAUAUUUACAUGAUGUAUUCUUACUGGAUGCUUACACAAACUACUGAAAACUAGCUUUGUCUAGUAUGUGUAUAUUUAUUUUUUUCAUACGAAUCAACCUUUUUCUUUCUACAUACAGUAUGUAUUACAUAACAAAGAUUUUAUACUAGAAAACUGGCAGUUUACAAAUAAAAAGUACAGCAUUUCUGAAUAAAAAUUAGUGCACAAGA